CUUUUAAAAUGAGUUUCAAUUUCCUCCUGCAAAACACAUCAUACUGAUAUGUAGCGUUCACGGCUAUUCGGAACUACUUACAUGCAACAUUUUACUUGAGGAUGAUUCUCGCGGCAACGGUUUUCAUCAUAGCCGCCUUGAUUGACAUGCCAUCGAUUGCUUUAAGCACCCACUGUGUAGAGGGAAGUCACUGCAAGGACGAUAAGUGCGGGGAUCUUGGGUGUUUGAAUGGAUGCGAGGAAGGCUACUUUGGCCCGCACUGUACAAACAACUGCAGUUCUGGAUGCAAGGACGGCACAUGUGAUUCUUCAGGAAAAGCUUGUAUCGGCGACUGCAUAGACGGUCGGUGGGGCACAGUUUGUAGGCUGACUUGUUUCAGUUCAUGCAAGACAUGCGCUAAGGACAAUGGUUCGGACUGUACAUCAUGUGAAGAAUAUAGAUACGGCCCACAGUGUGGACAAUCCUGUUCUUCCAAGUGUCCCAACCGUGGCUGUGAUGUUAACGGAAGGUGUAAAAGCAGAUGUGGCGACAGAUGUAAGGUUUGCAAUGAUGUUACACAAGAGUGUGAUGGAUGCAAGCGUGGUACGUUUGGCCCUGUCUGCCAGUGGAGGUGUAAUGUUAACUGUGCUGAUGAGAUAUGCCAUCAAGAAACAGCAAACUGUUCGAUUGGAUGCAAAGAUGAGUAUUUUGGACCGAAGUGUGAGUACCGGUGUAAUGAACAGUGUUUCCAGGGUAAAUGCGAGCAGGGGACGGGGAUGUGUGUACAGGGAUGUAGACGAGGAUACUACGGACCUCUCUGUAUAUUGCCUUGUGAUUCAUGCCUGUCCGAUAUUUGCGAUAAUUCGUCUGGAGAAUGCUUGAAAGGCUGCAAGAUGGGCUUCUUCGGCAAGGGAUGCAAGAACAGAUGUGAUGAUAAUUGUAUCAGCGGAUAUUGUUCCAGAUUCGAUGGUGUUUGCUAUCAACCCGAAGUUCCUGUAGCUCCCAACUCCACACCCGGAAUGUCCCAUGGCAGCAAUUACUGGAUGUACAUUGUCGGGGGUUGUAUCGGGAUCCUUCUAUGUUCUGCAGUGUGUUUCCUGGUCUUUAGGUAUGGUGGCCGCAUUCGUGGUAGCCAUCAACGAAGAGGUAGGUUCCGACAAAGUACGCCUCUACCGCCUGUACCGCCUGUACCCAUCCCGCAUGAUGACCUGUAUGACGAGUUGGAUGUUGGACACUCGGACACCGAUAGCAGACCGUCGGGAUUGGACGAGGCAGGAAACGCGCAUGUUGACUUGCCUGGAGAUAUGUCCAGUAUGAGUGAUGAUAAACACAACAGCGAUUCAGUGAGGGUCAGUGCUUUCGGAAAUGUUUGCCCGAAGUUUCCUGGUCAAGAAACUAAGAGCGAGAUGCCUCAUGUCCAGAUGACAUGGUUGACGGAGACAGGCCCUACUGCUGUAGAGGCCAAGGGUCCUGACAAAGCCGCAUCCAUUGAUGUGACAUGCGAUAAUACAUCCACUCACCUUGAUGAGGGACUUCACUUCAACCCAUCUUACACGAGUCUGGGUGGUAGGUCCAGACCUUCGAGAAAUUAUUUAUCUCCAGUCGAGGAAUAUAUUAAAGCGUAACAACCCUUAUGUAGUUUCACCUCAGACCUGAAUGAGCAGGACAUGUUUAUACGGCAAUAUGAAACUCAAGACGAUAUUCACGUUUCAAACUUGUUGUGCAUUGCAUAUCUGCUUCCCGCUACAUAUCCUUGUAACCCAUGUGUGUAUAUAUACUUUAGGAAGUGAGAGGACAUUUCCUAUUAAGGGUGAAAGGGUGUUGUGAUUCAUAUUAUCGUUAUCCCAACACGGGUACGGUCAAGGCAAGCAUAAUCACUGAAUCAUUCACUUCUCCAAACUAAAUUUGUCCUUCAGUGGAUUUAUACAACUGUACAUUGCAACAAGGAUGAUAUUGUGAGAUUGCUCUGAUGUGAAUGGCCCACAUUUCAAAAGUUUCAACGCAUCUGCAUUCACUCAUUCCUUCAAGUGAUUGAUAUUCUGAGCAACUACCCACGCUAUCGAGGUGCAAUGACAGAACCAACCAAGUCGCCGAGCUUGUGGACAUUUUCUUCGACUCAGACGUCAGACGAGUGCUAGGGAACCAGCAUAACACGGGUUCCAACUAAGCAUUCUCACCUGUCGACUUUACAGACAAUACCAGCGCCUUGAGCAUGUACUAGUUGCGUUGAUAUGUGCGCUAUAUAAAUAUCAUAUAAUAAAAAUAAAUG